UGACAAUCCCGCAGUCUAAUCCAGAGAGUGAGGAUGCACGGCGGCGGUGAUAUAUCGAAUGAACAUCGGCUAACUACUUCUUUCGGCUGUGAUUGACAAAACCCUGCUAACACUUUGUUCACCCAGUCCUCAGAGACCAUUUUUAAACCUGAAACCGCUGGGUUGAUCGGUACGGCUUUAAUCCAGCCUGGGAUUUCGCAGACGUUACGUUGGGACAAUGGAAUCUAACGUUAUGCCGGACAGUAUCCGCCCUCAGAGGCUGCAGCCAGGCAUUGGAUUCGGUUUAGGACCGACCGGGACCCUCCGCUCCUCUCUCCGGCCCGGGGUUACCGUCCCCAUCGCGCCGCUGUUGCCCUCCCCGGCCUCUCUAGCCGCUUCGUCCGGGCCUCCUCCGCCGCCGCCUCCGCUGCAGCUCCACAGCCUGUACGGCGGUAUCGGAGCGGGGCUGGGGCUGGGGCUGGGGCCGGGGGCUACCGGCCACUGUAACCCGGGGAACCCGGCGGUGCUGAAGGAGGCGGUGGAGGCUGUGGUCCGCAGCUUCGCCAAACACACGCAAGGUUACGGCAGAGUAAACGUGGUGGAAGCUUUACAGGAGUUUUGGCAGAUGAAGCUGACCAGAGGGGCCGACCUGCGUAACGGAGCUCUAGUUGUUUAUGAAAUGGUCCCAUCCAGCAGCCCUCCAUAUGUUUGCUAUGUCAGUCUUCCCGGAGGCAGCUGCUUCGGAAGUUUCCAGUUCUGUCCCACCAAGGCAGAAGCAAGACGCAGUGCGGCCAAGAUUGCCCUAAUGAACUCUGUUUUCAAUGAACAUCCCUCCCGACGCAUCACAGACGACUUCAUCGAGAAAAGUGUCAGUGAGGCCCUGGCAUCCUUCAAUGGAAACAGAGAAGAGGCUGACAAUCCCAACACAGGAAUUGGGGCAUUUCGCUUCAUGCUUGAGUCCAAUAAAGGAAAAUCCAUGCUGGAGUUUCAGGAGCUGAUGACUGUGUUCCAGCUGCUGCACUGGAAUGGGAGUCUCAAAGCCAUGAGAGAACGACAGUGUUCCCGACAGGAAGUUCUGGCUCACUAUUCCCACCGGGCUCUGGAUGAUGACAUGCGCACUCAGAUGGCCGCCGACUGGGUAAACCGAGAACAGAGUGUAGCGAGCACUAUUGCGCAGGAGGUGGCGUCGACGGAGAGAGAACUGGAGGACGCCAGGCUGGCAGGCAGAGAACUGCGUUUUUACAAAGAGAAGAAAGAUAUCCUGAUGUUAGCUGUGGGCCAGCUCAAUGCAGCCAACACUGCCACACUGCCCUCACACUAAACCUGCCGUCCAUUGUGGAAACAUUUCUUCACACUCCGUAGGAUUCCUGGUAACAGUAUUGCUCGCGUCAUAGAUAUAAAGUUGCUUCAUCUGAACUUUUAGGUUUUGUAUCAUGUGUGUGUUUUUUUUAAUUUUUUUUUUUUAAUGAGGAUCAGGUAAUCAGGCCUUGACUUACAGUAUGCACAUCCGUGCAUAAAACCAACACUUGCCGCUAUAGCCGUUACCUCUUUGUGCCUCGUGAUUACAGGAUAACCGUGCUUUUUUUUGUAAAAAAUGACCUGUAAACUUGCUUGGCAUUCCAACUGACUGGGGUUUACAUGUUCUUUCAUUAUUUCAUACUGAAGUAGACCUACAGAAACACAGCCUGCCUUUCAUCAGUGAAUGUAAUGGACAGACGUUAAUAUGACACAUCAAACCAAGCACAAUUGAUCAAGGUAUGGAUCAUCAAAGUUAGUUUCUUUUGUGUUUUGGGCGUGUUUACUUGCAUAUAGUGUUUUGGACGGUCAAUAUUUUGGUGGUCAAAUGUAAGGGUCUUUUCUUUUUAUGUGAAGACUUUUGAUGGUUAUUUUAGUGUACAUUGUGUGCUUGGUAACCGUGACACUAGCUGAAUGUAUAUUUUCAGUGUGCUAUCAACUAAAGGAUAUGCAAAGCGAUGCCGUUUACCAUUUAGACGAUUGAAUUACUCUUGUGAUACAGGUUGUGUUUGUCAUGUGCUUCAUUUAGAGGAGUUCAAAAGGGUUGUUGCUUGGUAGACUAAAAAUGUAGGUCGGGAUCUCAGCAGAAACAAAGAAUAGCGGUGAUUGGAGAUAAAAUGUGAAGGCCAAAAAAAAAUGAGUUGAGGGAUCUUUUUGUUUUUUAACAAGCUGAUUCAUUAUGUGUGAGACAUUGUAGUCAAUACAAAACAGUACCAGCACUUUCGGUUUAUGUAUUUUGUGACAUACUGGAAGCAAAAUCUGUUUGUUAGCAGGGCUGGUGUAUGUCAAUGGGCUAAAACAAUG